AACCCAUGAAGGGGAUAAAUAUGGGUGCUCUUAUAUAAGAUAAAAAGAAAGAUGAACUUUAGUUCCAAACCAAUGUGUCAAUAAAACAGGCUAUGUUCCAUUGGAAUUUAGUUAUGGAGGACUAGAACUGGGUCCAAAAUUAAGAAUUUUAGCUUCGAUUGAUGCUUAUUUCCCCAUAACUUCAUUCGUUUCCUUUUGUGCAUUCCUUCCAAAUUAUGUGCAUGAAACUGGGGUCAUCUUAUUGCUUGGAUGGCAUUUCAGAUGAGUCUUGUGAAUGAUUCUCCGGUACAUUUGUCAAGCAGUGAAGACUUUGCUGCCUUUCUUGAUGCAGAGUUGAAUUCUACUUCUGACAUAUCGCCUGACCUAGAAGAUGAGGACGAGGAUGACGAUGAUGAUGAGGAUGAUUCUAAGCCCAAUAUUGAGAGGGUUAAAAGGCGGAAGGUGGAGAUGUUGGAAAGCAUGAAGGAUCCUGAGGGUUUGACUCCACACGUAGAAGCAGAAGAAAGUUUAGGUGAUAUUUUCUAGUUCAGUUGGGUACAUUAUUGUCAAUACUUGUCAUGUUUGAUGCGUAAUUUUUUUUCUUCCUCGGUUGCUACCUUGUAAGCUCACUAAGAUAUGAAUGUGUUUAAUUUUACUUGAGCUGAAAAAUGACUUGAGGGUGUUGAUAGAGACCUUGUUUUAGUUUUAACUAGGUGUUUCUUGUUUUGUAUUAUUAAUCUUAUUAUUAUUUUUGGUACAAAACAUUAGUAGUAGUAUUAUUUCUGUCAUUUUUCAAUUCUUAAUGCUCUUCACCUGAGGCAUGUGUAUGCCAAAGUCAACCAAAGUCAACCAACACGAUAUUGUAAAGUUUUAUUGGGUAAUAGUAAUAUUAAAAUUGGGUGACAUAGUUAUUGUUGUUUU